UUUAAUUGUGAUUGUUUUAUCAUGGCUCGUACCAAGCAAACCGCUCGUAAAUCUACCGGAGGAAAAGCUCCUCGUAAGCAACUUGCUACUAAAGCUGCCCGUAAGAGUGCCCCCUCCACCGGUGGUGUGAAAAAACCACAUCGUUACAGACCAGGAACAGUAGCUCUGCGUGAAAUCCGUCGUUACCAAAAAUCCACCGAACUCCUCAUCCGAAAACUGCCUUUCCAGCGUCUUGUUCGUGAAAUUGCUCAGGAUUUUAAAACCGAUUUGCGAUUCCAGAGUGCUGCCAUUGGAGCUUUACAGGAAGCUAGCGAAGCCUACUUGGUUGGUCUUUUCGAAGAUACUAACCUUUGUGCUAUCCAUGCUAAACGUGUUACCAUCAUGCCAAAAGAUAUCCAGUUGGCCCGUCGAAUCCGUGGUGAAAGAGCAUAAAUUCUCUUGAAUUUUACAAACGGUCCUUUUAAGGGCCAAUCACAAAGUAACGGAAGUCUCUUCAUCAUCUCAUGUAUACUCUAUUUUUUUUUUUAGGUUGUGAUCUAAAAACCAGUCUAAGAAAAAUGGUCAUCAAUUUUAUUACUAUGAAAAUUUAAACGUGACUUGAAUACGUAUUGUCACACGAAACUUCACGUUUACAAAUAAUAUAUUAGUUCGUUGAAGUUAAUUUCUAUGGGUACUUUCAAGAAGUACAGGCUAACUUGUUAUUAAAUUUCUGGGAAAAAAACGUUUAAUAAAGGUAACUGUAUCGAAGAAUAAUGUGAACUAUACGAACAUGAUAUGGCCAAAAUAAAAUAU